AAUCAAGUUGGAGAAACAAAAAGAUUUUACCAGUGAGACACAUGUUCCUCCAGGAGAAGGAACGGACGGGCUCCCUCCCCUCCUUCUGGCCCUGGCCCAGUCUCCCUGGGUUGCUGGAAUGCCUGACUUGUCUGUAAGGCCCUGCAGAUGUGUGGGCGAUUUGGGGCAGGCGCCGAAGGCAGGUAUGUGCGUGCAGUCAGGUGCCGGCACUCCUGGCCGCACUCCUCCCAGGCUCAGGCCGCCAAUGGAGCCGGACCUCCACCUCCGGAAGGGGGUCUUGUGAGGACCACGGUGUGUUCCCAUCACUGAGGCCCAAGGGGGCCAGCGAGGGGCAGGCUGAGGCUGGGGGAUGGUCUCGAGGGAGCCUGAACAAAGAGGGGGGAUUGGGCUGGACCCCUGAGAGCGGAAGGGGCUGGGAGUCCAGCUGGGAGGGGCCGGCAGACGGUGCUGAGCCCGCCCGCUGCCCGCUGCCCGCCCACCCUUUCAUCUCCGCAGCUCCUUCCUCCCUGGUCCUUCCUUGAGUGUGUGUCUGUGGGUCCAUCUGGGUGGGCUUGAGGAGGGGGAAGGAAGGGGGUGCUCUCUGUGGGCAGCUUGGAUUGGACAAAACUUCUUUGAAAAUGGUGCUUUGAGUCAAAACCUACCGGUGGCCAGUCAUAGAGAGACAGACGGGUGCCCCAGCAAAAGCCCGAGGACCCUGAGGGGGCACCAUCCCCAAGGGAUAACUACCUCCUGCAGGACCUCGCGAGACUGGGCGAGAAGGGACAGGAGGGGACAGGAGAAGCCCUUCCCCUUCUCCUGUGCCAGCCGGCCCAGGCCCUCACUCCCAGGAGGGCUUUUCCCAGAGAGCUAAAAGCAAGAAAGUAACCUUUAGGAUUAAAGAGAAACGUUUCUUUGUUUGAGUUUUCUUUCUCCCCCCGCCCCCCCAAGCCUCUUUUCUCAUCUGUAGUGGCUUUUUCCCUCUGGUUUGGGGGUCAGAGGAAAAGCACCAGAGAAUGUCGACCCAGGUAGCAGGGAACCAGACCUCGUCCGGGGCCCCAGACGACGAUGACUCCUACGGCAGCUGGUACAUCGACGAGCCCCAGGGUGGCCAGGAGCUUGAGCCGGAAGGGCUGGUGCCCUCCUGCCACCCCAGCGUGCCACCCGGCCUCUACCACGCCUGCCUGAUCGUGCUGUCGAUCCUCGUGUUGCUGCUGCUGGCCAUGCUGGUGAAGCGCCGCCAGCUCUGGCCCCACUGUGGGCACGGCAGGCCUGGGCUCCCCAGCCCUGUGGACUUCUUGGCUGGGGACAGGCCCCGGACCGUGCCUGCCGCCGUCUUCACGGUCCUCUUCAGCUCCCUGUGCUUGCUGCUCCCCACUGAGGACCCACUGCCUUUCCUGACUCUCGCCUUACCACCCGGCCAAGACGGGGAAACUGAGACUCCAAGAGGGCCGUGGAAGAUACUGGCUCUGCUCUAUUACCCUGCCCUCUACUAUCCCCUGGCUGUCUGUGCCACGGUCAGGCAUAGAGCCGCACACCUGCUCGGCAGCGUGCUGUCCUGGGCUCAUCUGGGGGUCCAGGUCUGGCAAAGGGCAGAGUGUCCGGUGUCACCCAAGAUCUACAGGUACUACUCUCUGUUGGCCUCUCUGCCUCUCCUUCUGGGCCUCGGAUUCCUGAGCCUUUGGUACCCAGUGCAGCUGGUGAAAAGCUUCAGUCAUGGGGCAGCAGCGGGUUCCCAGGGGCUGCAGAACAGCUACUCUGAAGAAUAUCUGAGGACCCUCCUUUGCCAGAAGAAGCUGAAAAGCAGCUCCCACACGUCCAAGCAGGGCUUCCUGUCCCGGGCCUGGAUCUACUUCAGACACUAUAUCUACACUCCACAGCGAGGAUUCCGACUCCCCCUGAAGCUGGUGCUUUCAGUCACCCUGACAGGGACGGCCAUCUACCAGGUGGCCCUGCUGCUACUGGUGGGCGUGGUACCCACCAUCCAGAAGGUGAGGGCAGGGAUCACCACGGACAUCUCCUACCUGCUGGCUGGCUUUGGGAUCGUGCUCUCAGAGGACAAGCAGGAGGUGGUGGAGCUGGUGAAGCACUACCUGUGGGCUCUGGAAGUUUGCUACAUCUCGGCCUUGGUUCUGUCUUGCUUGUUCACCUUCUUCAUGCUGACCCGCUCGCUGGUGACACACAGGGCCAACCUGCGAGCUCUGCACCGAGGGCGCGCCCUGGACCUGGGCCCGCGGCCCCCGAGCCCUCGCCCCUCCCGCCAGGCCAUAUUUUGUUGGAUGAGCUUCACCGCCUACCAGACUGCGUUUACCUGCCUUGGGCUCCUGGUGCAGCAGAUCCUCUUCUUCCUGGGGACCUUGGCCCUUACCUUCCUGGUGUUCACGCCCGUGCUGCAUGGCAGGAACCUUCUGCUCCUCCGAUCCCUGAAAUCCUCAUGGCCCUUCUGGCUGACCUUGGCCCUGGCUGUGACCCUGCAGAACAUGGCAGCCCACUGGGUCUUCCUAGACACUCACCAUGGACGCCCAGAGCUGACCAACCGGCGAGCACUCUAUGCAACCACCUUCCUUCUCUUCCCCAUCAAUGUGCUGGUGGGUGCCAUGAUGGCCGCCUGGCGAGUGCUGCUGUCUGCCCUCUACAAUGCUGUCCACCUUGGCCAGAUGGACCUCAGCCUGCUGCCACCUAGAGCCGCCACUUUCGACCCCGGCUACCACACAUACUGCAACUUCUUGAAGAUGGAGGCCAGCCAGUCACAUCCAGCCGCGACAGCCUUCUGCGUCCUGCUCCUGCGAACUCGGAGGCCCCAGCCCCUCACGGCCCCCCGGGAUGGCCUCAGACUCGGGGAGGAAGAGGACGGGAUGCAGCUGCUGCAGACCAAGGACCGGGUGGCCAAGGGAGCGGGGCCCCGGGUAGGCCGAGGCAGGGCCCGCUGGGGUCUGGCAUACACGCUGCUGCACAACCCAGCCCUGCAGGCCUUCCGGAAGACAGCCCUAUCGGAUGCCCGGGCCAACGGUGCCCAGCCCUGAAGGUGGGGAAGGCCACCCGCCGUGUCCUUGCCUGUGCUGGAGCACUUCCCAUCCUCCCCGCCCACUCCCUCCCCAGCUCUCCCAGCAUCUGUCACUCCAGCCAUGGCAGCCUCUCUGCUUGGCACCAGCUCUGUCAGCAGGUCCCGGGGGUUCAGGGCCAGCCGGGGGUUGCUUUGCUUGGGUGGAAGUCUGUCAGCACUGUGAACCUCAAGCCUUGGGAAGGCUCUGGUCUGCCCCUUUGACCCUGGGAAGCCAGCUAGGGCUCUGGAGAAAGCAAUCGGUGGUUUAGGCCCUCGGUCCAGGAGCCUCCCGACGCUGGCUCUGCCGCCAGCCUUCAGGCUUCACGGAGGCCUUCUCCUGAUCGGGGCUGGUGAUGCAGACCGGGACAACCUAGGAUUCCAGCUGGGCCCACUCAGCCUUGGAACACACCACUGUGACCAGACACAGCGCUUCCUCUCUCCUGCAGCUUUCUCCGCUCCUCCUGGGGGUCCCUGUGGCCUGCAAGGCAGCCCAGGAGGAAGCCAUGGGCUCCUACCUGGCAGCAGUCACGGCUCAAACCAGGCCCCACACCGAGCUGGCCACACUUGAGAGCCUGAUAUUUUUGUAGCUGGUAUGCCUUUAGAUAUUAUGAAAGAGGUUAGUGUGUUCCCUGGAAUAAACUUGUCCCUAAGAAA